UCAUGUGCGUGCUUGAUUUUGCUCUCCAUGACCCAAUCGCCUCUUGUGCUUCACGUCUGCCAUCCUGGUCUCUGUCUGUCGGGUGUCGAGGCCCAGAAUCUACGAAGACUCAUCAGGCGAUGCAGGAUAGCACUGACGGCAAUUCAUGAGCCUCAGAGCCCCUCACUGCUGCAGUUGAUCCUCCCCCUGGGGCUGCAGUCACUGUCCAUCCUGCAUGGCCUCUUGGCCCUGUCUGUACGAGGCGAAGAGCGAUCGUCUCAUGAUCUGCAGCACCACCAGUUGGCCCUUGGUGAGCUGCGCAAGGAGAUCCAAGAAGCUGGUUUGAACCCCAUCAGUACCCAUCGGGCCCACAAGGUCCUUGCUCUAUGCUUGCUUCUGUCUCUCUUCACCUUGCCGCGAUGCGACGGGAGCUGGGUCCAGCACCAUCGUGGCAUGUUGAGCCUCCUGCGCUCUUUGGAUCAGUCCGCCAUCAUUAGCGACCCUCUCGGAAGGUUUCUCCUAAGCAUCUGUGCGUUUCAAGACAUAUCAGCAUUAUCACUGGGGCGUGGCCAGCUCUCUCAUAAAGCCUGGCUUUCUUGGAUGCUUCCCAGGUCGCGGGAGCGACCCGGCAUCACCUUGACAUCCCUCGAAGCGACCAUAGGUUAUCCUGAGACGCUCAUCGACAUCAUUGCUCAGAUAUCUGAAUUCUCGGAUGACAAUUAUUACCUAUACCUGCGGAGCCUGCAUCACGGCGCAUCCAACGAUGCUAUGGAUUCUGAAGCUUUGACGAGGACAAGCGCUGAAUUCGAGACCUCAUUGAAGGAUUGGUCAAUUCCAAAGCUGCCAGGUGACAUGUCUUCUUUCCAGCAGUUAGCAGUGCGCCUUGCUUGGGAGACUAUGAGAAAAGCCAGCCUGCUCUUCCUGUGGAGGAACUGUGGAUUUCACGCCAACCUCUCGGAGCCGAUACGUCCAGACAAGAAGACUCAAGCUGAUUCGUGUACCGAGGAAAUAAUCACCAACAUACGUGCUAUAUUUGACAUGGGAAGGGUGCACCAGUUCUCAAUAGGAAACGCCAUGCUUUGGGCCGUCACUAUAGUCGCCUGCGAGUGCACCUGGGCUUCCCAAGAGCAGAGGGACCGUGUCAUGCAGCUGGUCGACGACAUGGGACGUCUUUAUACCAUGGACCACGUAAAAAACUUGAGAACAUUGCUUGUUCGACUGUGGGAGAGGUCCAGGGAGCCUUCACCUGGCUACUUAAGUUUGGAACACGUCUGUCAGGACAUGGAAAUGGUCGUCCCUUUGUUUUAG